UAGAAAGUGGAACGUAAAGAAGUUUAAUUUGAUUCAUAGCCUCGAAACCAUAGCAAUAUUCUAUCAAUUAUGCUUCUGCAAAAUUAAAAUCCUUAUUAAGGUUGAUAAGAAAAGUGCACAGAGCAAUAAACCAUCCACAAACCUCGUACAAAUCGUACCCAAUUUUGUAGUGUUCAAUCUUCUGCAUAAAACAACAAUUUUCGUGCAAUCGCAGCAACGUAUUAAAUUCAAAACACAGUUGAGUGUUUUUCAAACAAGCAGACUUCAAACCUUCUGGUGUGACUCCAUGGUAACGACAAGGCGCGUUGCUGUCUGUAGGCACUGUUUGUACGAUAUAAACGUAGUCUCACAACACCGCUAGGGGCAAUAGAAAGUGAAAAAGCGAACAACCGUGAACGUCCUUGGUUGCAUUGCUGUGCGUUUGCUUUAGUUUCGUUACGUUUCCUUGUUUUUUUCCGGAUACUGUUUUCCUUCCGUCUGCGGGCAGAUUUGGAAAGAUUUCGUUCCUGUUCCGGUUGAAGCUAGCGUCCGGAUAUAGAAGCACCGGAACUCGCGCCGAACGGAUAUUUGGAUUCAUAUCUAGGUUUCUCGUCCGCUGGGCUACGCAUAUACACUGUGGCUUCCGUACUCCGGAUAGAGUGUCUUGAGUGCAUCAGCACGAAACGAUUGUUUGACCGUAAAUCUACUGUAAUGAGGGGGAGUGUGGUAUCCAGCGUUUAAAUUGUGUCACAGUACAGUUAUAGGUGGUGAAGCGUAAAAACAGCUUGGGCAAAGCUUAGGAAAAUGGGUCCCAAAAAAGCAAAAGGAAGUACUGUCAUCGAUGGCGUUGAUACGUCCAGCAUGUCCCGGGAGCAGCUGGAGCAGUUCGCUCUCAAGCUCCGUAAUGAGAUGGAACGCGAGCGGGAGGAGCGUAACUUCUUCCAGCUCGAGCGCGACAAGCUGCGCACGUAUUGGGAAAUUACUCGCAAACAGCUUGAGGAAGCGAAGGCAGUCAUCCGUGGCAAGGAGCGUGAUGUCGAGGUGGCACAAGAGCUUGCCGAUCAGGACACCAAGAAUGUGAUGCAGGAGAUGAAGCACCUGCAGUACGAGCAUCAGUCCCAUAUUGGUGAGCUGCGGGCCGAAAUGAUGACCCAGCUCAAGAUGGCACAGGAAGAUCAUACGUUGCAGGAACGUGAACUGCUGAACGAUAAGCGCGACCUGAAGCGAUUACUUCGCGAGAAGGAAGAAAACACCGAGCUGGAGAUCCAGCAGCUAAAGCUGAAGCAUAGCGAGCUGCUGAGUGUGGAGCGUGCCAAGUUUCAGGAGGAAAUCGAAGCGAUGACCAAGUUGUUUGAGCAGCGCCUCGGUAGCUACAAGGAAGAGGCUGAGGUGCGUCACGAGAUGGAGCUGUCGGAGGUGGAGGAGCGAAAGAAUGGACAGAUCGCGGAGUUGAUAAGCACCAACGAGCAGGCGUAUCGCGAAAUGAAGAGCUACUACAACGCGAUCACGCAGAACAAUUUGGCGCUGAUUAAUAGCAUGAAGGAGGAGAUGGAGGAAAUGCGCCUACAGUCGGACAAAGAUCUCAAGAGCUUCAGUGAGGUGAUGGCGGAGAAUAAGCGGCUGACGGAGCCACUCAAGAGCUCCCAGGCAGAGCUGGUGGAGCUACGCAAGAAGCUGCAAUACUACGACCGUGAUAAGGCCACACUGAACCGUGUAAAGACACGCCUGAACAGUACCCAGAAGCAACUGUCCAGCCUGAAGCUUGAGCAAGACGUGCUGCAGAUGCGCUGCGAGAAACUGGUAGAAGAGCGCGAUCAGUUGAAGCGAUUGUUUGAAAAAUCGAUGCUAGAGCUCCAGCAGAAAUCUGGCCUGAAGAACUCGUUGCUCGAACGCAAGCUGGAGUAUAUCGAAAAGCAAACCGAACAACGGGAAGCUAUUCUUGGUGAGGUACUAUCGCUUGCCGGUAUAGAACCACAAUCGCUAAGCGUCCGCAUUGAGAAGCUGUUGGUGCAGAAGAAUGACAAAAUUCAGGCGCUUCGAUACGAUCUGGCCCGGGUGAGCAAGAUGUACGAUGAUCUACUGUCGCUCAUUGAGGGCAAGCUGGUAAAGUACGGCAUCACACUGAAGGAUCUGGAACUAACGAACCUCCGGCAGGAGAAGUAGUGAGCACAAAAUCGUCGUUCGUUGUUGAAAUCAAGUUGAUAUUUUUUACGAAAGCCUUUUUUAUAUUUUUAAACACGCAGUACUUUAAACUGUAACGCUUUGCCACUCGUCUGCUAAGAGUUUCUAAGUAAAUGGCACACGAUAUGCAUACGACGCGAUGGUGUGCAAAGCCUAACGGA